AUGUCCUUUUCUCUGAUACGCUUGACUCUUGUAGUCUCUCUGUUGGCCUUAAGUCAUGGAGCGACGUUUACGGGUUGGGCUGAAGACGAAAUAAAUGGAGACGAUCAACAGGGCGAGUUAUUCCAGGAUUUAUUCAAAUCUGUGAUACAGAAUCCUGAGGAAUCGAAUUCGGACAAGGACGAAGACGACUGCAGCUAUGAUGGGAAAGAUGAUUUGUGGCUAAGAUGGCCUCCGAAAGCUAAGUUGAUUCACGAGUGGAUGACAGUGGAGUACAAACUGGGCUGUCCAGGUGUGGAGGAGAUACUGGUGGACUACGGCGAGUACGUUCCACACGCAAACUGGAUUUCUGGAAUCGACGUAUAUAAAGACGAAGUGUACAUCACAGCACCAAGAGUGAAGAACGCCAGAGGCAUUCCUUCAGGACUCAACCGGGUGGUAAAAAAAGAUGGCAAAUCUUUGCUCGAACCUUAUCCGAAUCUCAGCUGGCACAGACUUGGUCGGUGUUCGGCUCUGCAAAUGCCCAUGAGUAUUGAGAUCGAUCCAAACUCAGGCUAUAUGUACGUCAUAGACGCAGGGCGAGUGGGAAUUACGUCAUCAACACCAGGGAACUACUGCCCGGCUAAGAUUAUGAUCCUCAACCUCAAUGACAAUGGGCGUCUCGUGAGAAGCCAUGACCUCCCAGACUCAGUUGUAUCUAGAACGUCAAACUUCUUGAACGACAUCGUGCUGGACUACGUCACACCAGAUGGACCGGAAGUCCGUUACGCGUAUAUGACCGAUACUGGCGAUGCGAGUCUGGUCGUGUUUGAUUUCCAGAGGAAUUCUUCGUGGAUUUUCAAAGACAAGUCCAUGCAGACAGACGAAAAUAGUGUGAUGACCAUCAAUGGAGUAAAUUACACACUAAAUUUUCCUAUCAACGGGAUUGCAAUGUCUCCAAAUUUCGACUACGUCUACUACAGUGUGAUUGGGAGCAAAAAGUUGUUCCAAAUUCCAACUUCUGUUCUCCGAAACAAAGAUGCUGACUUUGGCACGCACGUCAGAGAUCUUGGUGAAAAAGCAGGAAGUUCUGAUGGUAUGAUUGCUGGGAAGAAAAACAUUUACUAUGGAGCACUUGAGAGAAAUGCCGUCUAUGAAUGGCAGCGUAGCAGAGACAUAGAGUCGCAAAAAGUUUCAGAGGGUCAAGUAAAUGUGACCCACGAGAGGAAACUGGACUCCGACCACGUGACCAUGCAGUGGCCUGACAGUUUCACGCUGGACGUCAAAGGCUACCUCUGGUUCACCUCGGAGAGAGCGCAGCUCUUUCUCAACAACAAAAUGGACUUUUCUGGGAGCCAGGGCGCCAAUUUCCGAAUAUUCAGGAUAUACGUUGAUGACGUCAGCUACCUGACAAAGCCGAAGAAUGUUAAACAAUGGUGGGACUGGUGAAUAUUGAUGAACCCGUGCCAGUAAUCACUAUCAUAAUUUUUUCGAAACGGGUUUGAUAAUAGCAUAAUUUGAGAGCAAAAAUAAAUUUAUCUUAUAUAUAUUGUA